GCCAACCUCAGACAAGAGUCCCAACCCCAUUUAUCCGCCUUAGUUCUCUGAUUUACUUACUUUUUCCCUAACCAAAAAACACCGAACAAAGUAGUAAGUAUUAUUAAAGAUGGCAGGUUAUAGAGCAGAUGAUGAGUACGAUUACUUAUUCAAGCUAGUGUUGAUAGGAGAUUCAGGUGUGGGUAAAUCAAAUCUGCUUUCAAGGUUUACUAAAAACGAAUUCAAUCUGGAGUCUAAGUCUACAAUUGGCGUUGAGUUUGCUACCAAAAGUCUCAAUAUUGAUAACAAAGUUAUUAAAGCUCAGAUUUGGGAUACUGCUGGCCAAGAAAGAUAUCGUGCCAUUACUAGUGCUUAUUAUCGGGGAGCUGUCGGUGCUUUGCUUGUAUAUGAUGUCACUCGACAUGUUACCUAUGAGAACGUCACAAGGUGGUUGAAGGAGUUGAGAGACCAUACUGACCCUAACAUUGUAGUCAUGCUCAUAGGCAACAAGUCAGAUCUCCGACAUCUCGUUGCUGUUUCAACUGAUGAGGCUAAAGGUCUGGCAGAGAGGGAGGCCCUAUACUUUAUGGAGACUUCUGCAUUAGAAGCAACCAAUGUGGAAAAUGCAUUCACUGAAGUUCUCACGCAGAUAUACCGGAUCGUCAGUAAAAAAGCAGUCGAGGCUGGCGAUGAAGGUGCUACUUCAUCUGCUCCUCCUAAAGGAGAGACGAUUAACAUCAAAGAUGAAGGAUCUACUUGGAAAAAGUUCGGAUGCUGUUCAAGCUAGGGUACCAGAAAAAUGUGCAAGACAAUACCUCAAGCUUUUUCAGUUGUAAAUUGUCAUUAAAUCAAUGAUUUCGUUUGCUGGAUUUAAGCUAGCCAUGAGAAUACACGAAGCAGUGUUCUCAUGAAAAACUCCGAAGGAGCGGGUACUGUUGGUUUCUAAUUACAGAAUGUGCAAACAAGGUCUUAGUUUUAUGUGUAUUGGAUGAUGGCUUGAAAAAAUUGGAGACACUGGCAAGAGCUUUCCAGUAACAUGUUACCAAUAUAUCAUCUUUCGUCUGGAUUGUCCCUUUGGUUUUAAUUCGAUUAUUUUUUUGUCUA